AUGCAGAAACUUGAAAAGUGCUUAUUUCUCUCUGGAAACGCUACAACACCUUCGCAAUCAUUCGCAAACCUUACCAAGUGCUGGAAAGAUCCAUGGAGACGAUUAUAUGCUGCCCCAGUCCCUCAAAAGACACUCACAUUCCAAGCGAACCUCCAGGAGUCCGCAGAUUGUGCCCCUAUUCGAAUUCCGCAGGAUGUCCAACGCUCUAGCAUCGCACUCCAGUUCUCUAGCUGUAACAGUAGCUCGGCACAAAUUCUGCGAAAUACCAUAAAAUAA